AUUGUUCAUUAACUCUUUUUUUUUUCUUGUGAUUGUAUACCAUUGUAAUAUUUCGUUAUUUAGACUUACCCUUUUGUUAUUAUUUUCAAUGUUUUCUUUCAAUCAUCUGUUGGCACUCAAACUCGGACUCAAAGAUGUCGGCACCAAAGGCCCCAGUAAAUCCUAAUCUAAAGAUAAUGGCAGGUGCUUUAGUUUGUGAAGACUGCGAAUUAAUAGGAGACAUUACAAUAGGAGCCAGAACUGUUAUUCAUCCUAAAGCAAGAAUAAUUGCAGAAGCUGGUCCUAUUAUUAUUGGAGAAUUUAAUAUCAUUGAGGAACUAGUCACCAUUACAAAUAAGUCUUCAACUGAUGCUAACAGUGGGAAAGUACUUAUCAUUGGCAACAACAAUGUCUUUGAAGUUGGAUGUCAUGUAGAGGCUAUACGAAUAGGAGAUCACAAUGUGAUUGAGAGUAAAGCUAAAGUGGGUUCAAAGGUUGAGAUUUCUAAUGGCUGUAUUGUUGGCUGUGGAUGUAUACUGAACAUGAAUGAGGCCUUGCCUGAAAACACUGUAGUGUAUGGGGACAAGUGUGAGCGCAGAAUACAGAGGGAGAGACCUCCAGCACAAAUGCUUCAGAUUGAUUUCUUGACCAGAAUUUUACCAAAUUAUCAUUAUCUUAUGAAACCAAAUCUGAAUGUUAAUGUACGUGCACCUGUCAAGAAAUAAAUGUUGCUCUGCUUAAUGUUCAUUUCUUACAUUUUCAGUUAAUAGAAAUCCCCACAGAAGACAUUUAAUUAUGUUGUAAAGCUUUAAGCUAAGGAGUGUUAGGCUUAAAAAUUAAUUAACUUCAAUUUUACAUUAAAUUUGGCAUGAGAUUAAAAAAAAAAGCUUAUUUUAUCAAAAGAAAAGAAAAAGUUUUCAUCAUUAAAUAAAAAAAAAAAUAAUUAAAAGCUGUUAUUUAAAAAAAAAAUUAUCUUCAACAUUAUUUAACAAAAGCUCGUUGUAAGUUUUCACUCCUGUUGCUUCUAUGUGAAACUAUAAACUAGGUAUUUUAUCUUAAACUCUCACACUCCCUUUAGCAAAUAACCUUGAAUCAGUGACCCACUGCAACUUCAAAUGUAAUUCUGUUGUACCUACAUUGAUAAUAAAGAUUAAAUUAUAAUGCUGUGUAAGUGGAUGUUUGAAUUCAAGUACUUUAGUACCAUUAUAUUGGAAUUCAAAUACUGCUCUAUGUCCUGUCAAUCUGUUGUGGGAUGUGAGGAUACUUAUCAAGUGGGCAGGAGAUCAAAUCCCAACUCAAGAUGAGUUGCAGCACUGUGGCUCCCUCCAACCACAUCUGCAAAAGAAAUUUGUCCAUGGCACAUUGAACAAAAAAAAAAUUAUGAUGUGUGAUAACUAAAGAAAUUCCUCUAGGUAAAUAUCUGAAAUAAUCAAUUAUAAUUUGCUUCCUUGCAGUAGUAUGUAGUGAUGGUGGUGGAAAUGAUUCAUUCAAACUUGAGCUAAGGAAUAAUAUGGUUAUUAAUUAUUAUUCAAAAUACUAUAAAUAUAUACUCAUUGGUCUUUUUUUUAAAUUGAAAAUUAAUUAUUGUAAAAUUAAACACAAUGUAAUAGUUUUUGUAUAAUUGUAAGAACUAAUUUUAAUGUUAAUGUUUUUUUUUUAAAUAUGUUUUUUUUGCUGAUAGACAAUAUAUAAAUUGUGCACUUGGAAUGAAGAAAAAUAAGUUCAGAAAUUUUAGAAUUUUAAAUUUUUCUUUUGGUCUUGAUGUGUCAUUCAUGUUAACUUUGUGUUAUUGGUAUAUAUGUUCCUUCAUUAUUUUUAUUUAUUACAUGCCUGACUGGGUGUUUUAUUUUUUGUGCAAUUUUGUUUCUUUAUGCUGUUUUAAGCAUAGAUGGAUGUUAUAUAUAUACCAAUAUAUAUGUGUGCGUGGAUGCAUGUUUUUUGUUCCUUACUUCUGCUUAAAGAUAUGUUGAUAAUUGUGAUAAAAAUACUUUGUAUGGACAGAUCAUGACAUUAUCAAUGAAUAUAGAUUAUCACUUACUAAGAUGGGACUGCUUAUAUUUAAUAUCUUAAUAAGCACUUUUGAUGUUUGUGACUCCUUGCAACUGUCCUUUAUGGUUACUCCAAGUUUGUAAUGCGAUCUUUUUUUUUUUUUUGAAAGGCAUAUAUUUUAUUUCUUAUUCUUGUUUUUUUUUAUGUGUAUUUUGGUGUAGACUUAGUUGAAAUAAAAAUAACUUUUAUGAAAUUUAAAAAAAAAAAAGUUUCAUCCUUAUGAACAUGUGGGGUAUGGGACAAAAUGUUGUAAAGGAUGUCUCAUUCAUUGAAAGAGGCAAAGGAAAGGUAUUUAAUCCUUAAUGACUAAACUCUAGAUCAAGAACUGACACUUAAUGUCACUGAGUGAGUUUGUGUUUAUCGAAAGACGUUUGUGGAGGUGUUCCUUUAAAGCGCAUGGCUUGCAAAUCAAUGGGUCUCUGGUUUGAAUCAUGGUGGACUUUGGGAUCCUUAGGAUGCCCCUGAGUCCAUCCAACUUCAAUUGGCACCUGACAUUAGUUGGGCACAUGACACCUUCGUUAACUGUCAGCCAUAGAAACAGAUGGUCUUAGCAUCAUCUGCCCUGUAGAUCAGAAGAUCUGAAAAGGGUACAUUACUUUUCCUUUUAUUGGUAGUGGAUCUUCUCUCAAAAUGUCCCACAUUUUUAUCUUCAGGGCUAAAUGUGUGGAAUAGCCGGGGGGAGGGGGGUCUAUGGAGAAAGCAAAGUAGAGGUAUUUAAUGGGCCCAAGAAGACAUUGUGUAACGAAAAGAUUCAUAAGAACAGCAAGGGCUACUAGAAUUCAUGGGCUAGAGAAAUCUGUGGUUUGGGGCGAAUGAAUGCGGGUUGUUAAAAAAGGUUUUGUUUAAAAAUAAACAGUUACUUUCUAAAUAGCAUGAAAUGAAAUCACUAAAGCAAAGAGCAGGCAUAAAGUGUAUUCUUUAUUUAAAAUUGUUUAAUUUUUAUGAGUUGAAGAUUAUUCAAAUAUUGAAAAUAUAUUUUGAAUUAGA